GUGCUCGUUUACUCCUUUGAAAGGACCGAAGAAUAAAACGUUAUCGCCUACAUUUUUAGUUUUUAGCGUCUUUAGCGUUUCUUCUGCAUCUUCGUCGACAGCAUUUUCCAGUGAACAGAUGGAGAAGCAGCCCCUGCCAACUGACGAUGACAAGACAGGAACCACAGAGUCGACGCUCGACGGCUUCGCUGGUGAAGAGAGCCAGCAGGGCUCCUCUGAGCCUGCUGCUCGAGCAGGAUGGAACAGUAAAAUAGAAUAUUUUCUGGCCCAGGUGGGAUUCAGCGUCGGACUUGGCAACGUCUGGAGGUUUCCGUAUUUGUGCCAUCAAAAUGGAGGAGGGGCUUUUCUCCUUCUCUAUGUGCUGCUGAUGCUGGUUGUGGGCAUCCCCUUGUUCUUCCUGGAGCUGGCGGCUGGUCAGGCCAUCCGACAGGGCAGCAUCGGAGUGUGGAGGUACAUCUCCCCCAGGCUGGCAGGGAUCGGCUACUCCAGCUGUGUGGUAUGUUUCUUCGUAGCUCUCUACUACAAUGUGAUCCUCGCAUGGAGUCUUUUCUACCUUGGGAACUCGUUCCAGUACCCUCUGCCUUGGGAACAGUGUCCAGAACAGGGGAAUGUAACAGUAAAUGAAUGUGAAAAGAGCUCCCCUACGUCGUAUUUCUGGUAUCGUAAAGCUUUGGAUAUCACAGACUCGAUUGAUGAGAUGGGCUCUUUCAACACUUACAUCGUCUGCUGUCUGCUGGCGGCCUGGACCAUCGUAUGCCUGGGAAUGUUUAAGGGUAUCAAGUCCUCUGUCAAGGUGAUGUAUUUCUCCUCCAUCUUUCCUUACGUGGUGCUGUUCUGCUUCCUGGUCCGAGGGCUCCUGCUGGAUGGGGCCUUGGAGGGAAUCACCUACAUGUUCUACCCAAAGCUGGAAAUUUGGGGAGACAUUCAGGUGUGGCGGCAGGCAGCCACGCAGGUUUUCUUCGCCUUGGGCCUUGGCUUCGGAUCCAUUAUCGCCUACUCCUCCUACAACCCCAAGAACAACAACUGCCACCGUGACGCCUUCACUGUCUCCACUAUAAACUUCCUCACAUCUGUGCUGGCGACGCUGGUGGUGUUUGCUGUGCUCGGCUUCCGCGCCAAAGAAAAGGUCAUGGAAUGUGUUGUCAGUAAUAUGAAGGAGUUAUCGGCACAGUUUCGGAGUAGUAAUGUGGACGUAAAGCUGAUGCCAAGCUUCGACUAUUCUGACCCCGGUUCUGUGGCACUAGAAGACUACAGGGCCUGGUUCAAACAGUACGGAAAUAUGAUCCCAGGCAAUUUAACAGACUGCGACUUGGAAAAAGAGAUGCAGCAGGGUGUGGAGGGCACAGGCCUUGCUUUUAUUGCCUUCACAGAGGCCAUGUCGCUCCUGCCUGGCAGCCCCUUCUGGUCAGCGCUCUUCUUCCUCAUGCUGCUCAACUUAGGACUCAGCACCAUGUUUGGCACCAUGGAGGGCAUCCUCGCUCCGCUCACUGACCGCUUCAAAACUUUGGCCAAAAAUAAGACCAAACUGACAAUUUUUAGCUGCAUCAUCGGCUUUCUGAUUGGCCUGCUCUUCACCCAGCGUUGUGGGAACUACUUUGUGACAAUGUUCGACGAUUACUCUGCCACUCUGCCCCUCAUCAUUGUGGUGGUUUUUGAGACUUUCAGUGUGUCUUGGUUAUAUGGAGCUGAUAGGUUCCUUGAUGACAUUGAGGCGAUGCUGGGCUGGCGUCCCCAUGUGAUUUACAAGUACCUGUGGAAAUACAUCUGCCUGCUUGCUAUGCUGGGGCUGCUGGCCGCCACAUCCAUUCGGAUGAUCAUCAAACGCCCCACUUAUCUGGCUUGGAACCAAGAGAAGGCUUCUGAGGAGUACCUGGAGUACCCAAGCUGGGCUCUGGCUGUUAUGGCUUUAUUGAUCAUAUUCGCCAUGAUGCCCGUCCCAGUGGCUUUGGUCCACGCCGUUCUGCGGGACAGGACAAAGCAAGGAGCCAGAGAUACAGAGACUGGUCAGUACAGCAUUGUUAGCACCGAUGACAAGUGUGACACCCCCAUGACUGACAUGUCUGAACUGGACCGAACGAACGGGACCGCUGCCUCCUUUUCCUAAACACUGGACAUGAAGUUGCAGUUUGGGAAUUUACUUGCAAUAUGCGGUCAAAUGUUUAGUUGGCCAUUUUGAAGGCCGGUUGAAUUAUCUCACUGCCUUUAGUGAGGCUGUGACACAAAAAACAAUUGCAAGGUGGGGAAAAAAAAUCCUUAUUUAAAUAUUUAAAACCUACUACUCCAACAAGUACAACUUUUAAAAAGUGUGUAAUAUGGAAAAUAAGGAACAAUUAACUUAUUUUUGGGAACACAAGGUAGAAUUUCCACUGUUUGUCAGAGUUGUCCAGCAUAAGCCAUAUCAUAUUCCAGUUUUUAGUUUUGUGAGAAUAGUUCACUUGUCCAUUCAUCUGAAACAUCCUACAUUUUUCUCCUUUUAUAAAUGCACGCUCGUGAGAUGCACCUCAUCAUUUCAAGAAUCCAGACAUGCCCUUUUGACCAUGAACGGCUAUCAAAUCCAGGAAGGACAGGUUUACAUCUUACCACUGUUGUACGUCUCUUUGUUAUAUAUUUAAAGCUUAUUGGUCAUUUUUUAACCUUUUUUUAUAAUGAACUCUUUUGCAGCACAGAGAAUGUGACAGUCAUGAAAACAGUUUUAGGUUGGGCAUCAGAUUUUUUGAGUUGAGCUACAACAAAAAAGCAGAGCCUUAAUGAAAACAUGCAAAUAGCAGCCAUCAUCACCAUCACCUGUGUGUAAAGAAUAGGGCUUCAAACAAUGAUUUUUAAAUGUUUGUUAUUGAUCAAUCUCGCAAAUAUUCUUGAUUAAUCGUUUGGUUUAAAACAUGUCUGAAAAUAGUGAAAAAUAUCCAUCCCAGUUUCUCAGUGUCAGAGAAGAUGUCUUAAAAUGUCUUGUUUUGUCAGUCAAAAACCCGAAAAUACUCAAUUUAACAUGAAAUAAAACAGAAAAGCAGGAAAUCUUAAUAUUUAAGGUGCUGAAAACAGCAUUUUCUGCCAUUUCUGCAUGUAAAAUUAUUUUAAGGAUUAAUCGAUUUUUGAAGAAUAAUCACGACAAUCAGAGAGUGAAGGGAAAAUGCUUUUAAAAAAACAGAUUUUGUUCUGUUUUGUCGCAAUUUUAUGUUUUUUUUUCCAAAGCUUAACAACUACAUUUGUUAAAGUUUUUUCAGACUGUUACAUCAGGAAAGAAAAUUUAAUGCAGCUGUUAAGCAUUAAUAAUAUAAGAGCAUUAAUGUUUUUUUUUUUAACCACACAGACGCUAUAUAAUCUUGUUUACAGCUCAAAAACACCUGAGUCACGGUUUUGGUACAGUUAAAUAUGCUGUGCGUAUACUUUGUGUUUGCAGGUGUAGCUACACAGUUCAGUUCAUACAACACACUUACAUUCUCUUGAUAUUUAGCAGCUGCUUAACAGUAUCAAAGCAUUGUUUUAUGCUGAUUGUUAUUUUAUCACCACCGUUUGCUUUUUAUUGGUUAAGACAAAUUUCAAGUUCUCAACACACGUUUUUAUCAUCCUGUCGUGUUGUUGAAUGUGAUUUCAGACAUUAGCAACAAAACCAGCGUAAUGGUUAUAUCAGGUUAUAUCAUCAAUCAUUCGUCCCCGUUUGUCCACAUGGUGCAAAUACUAUGGUAGUUUUGUAAUGUAAAUAUGUAUAUAGUACCAGUAGAAACUCUUUAAGAACAAAUGUAAUUGGAAUUGUGUGUAGGGUUUUCUAUCUUUUAUUGAUUGUAAAUUAGAAAAAUUGCAUGGACCAUGGGUUUUUUCUUAAGCUGAGGUUUAGGAGGAAACUAGCUGCAUGUUUGUUUAAACAGGCUCGAUAAAGCCACCGACCUGUCGAAGUAUUCCUUUACUUCAGAGUUUAGUGCAGUAAAUGAUGUAAUUAAUGUGUUUAUUUUGUACAAUAUUUUUUUAGACUUAUUUACGUGGUCUUCAUUGUAUUUUCAUGGACAUUUUUUCGGAAACUGAAAGGGUACUUUGUUUUACAUUUUCAGUGGGUUACUAUCAAAAUGAACGGACCUUAUGCUGUUGAAUGUACCCAAACUAAGUGCCUUCAGACUUUAUUAGGCUGACUGAACAAAAUGUUAAAGGCACUACAGCAUACAGUAUGUACAGUUUCAAACACAUUUCUUUUGAUAUCUUCACUUUUUAACAGUGUAUGUACUCUGUAAGUGUGUAUAAAAUGAGUUUUUGAGAAAAAUGUAAUAUAAUGCCACUGCUAUGUAAUAUAUUUUGGACAUUUCAAUACAACAGUACAGUGUCUUGAAA